AUGUCAACCAUCGCACUAGCACGGCUACUCGUCGGGUGUUUCGUUGUGUGUGGAGGUGGGGCGGGGGAGACGGUGGUGGUGGAGGUAGAUUCCGGCCGGUUACGCGGAACGGUGGAGGUCUCCGUCGGGGGGAGAACAUACUACGCGUUUCGGGGUGUUCCUUACGCUCAGCCUCCGAUCGGCCCGCGCCGGUUUCAGCCCCCAGAGCGGGUGGAGGCGUGGGAAGGAGUUCGGAAUGUCACAGAGCACCCGCCGAUAUGCAUCCAGACCGGUGUCUUCCCCAGACCCCCAGGUGUGUACGGGAACGAAGAUUGCCUCUACCUCAAUGUCUUCACCCCAUCGAUACAGGGACAAGAUAUGCCCGUGAUGUUUUGGGUCCACGGAGGAGGUUUCAAUAUCGCGAGUCCUCAGAGUCAAGGACCGGAUUACUUGAUGGACCGAGACGUCGUCCUGGUCACCAUUCAGUAUCGCCUCGGGAUCUUUGGUUUCCUGUCGACAGAAGACGAGGCAUGCCCGGGGAACUACGGGAUGCUGGACCAAGUGGAGGCGCUGAAAUGGGUGGCGAGGAACAUCCGGGCGUUCGGAGGUCACCCGGAUAAGGUGACCCUGUUCGGGAACAGCGCCGGCGGCGCCUCAGUCCAUCUUCUCAUGCUCUCACCCUUGACUCAAGGCCUGUUUCGAUCGGGGAUCUCACAAAGCGGGACAAGCUUGGGACAUUGGGUGCUGCAGGGGCCAGGAAAAGCAAGGGAGCGGGCAGAUCUCGUCGCCUCCCUCGUCGGAUGCCCCACGGAUUCCACCCUCAACCUCCUUGAAUGCCUUCGGGGUACUGACGCCUUCACUUUGACUCAGGCCACAGCCUCUUUCUGGGUAUGGAGUUUGUCGCCUAUAAGAUUUUCACCGCGGGUGGACGCUGAGUCCCGAGAGCCUUUCCUUCCCCGGAGUCCCCAGAUGAUCCUUGAAAGUGGGGACUUCCAUCGCGUACCCUGGAUGACUGGCAUCACCCGAGAAGAGGGACUCUGGCUAGCUCUCGAGGCCGUAAUUGACGAGUCCCUAUGGCGGCAUCUGGAUGAGAACUGGAGGAGCAAAUAUUGCCCGGCCAUCCUGGGUCUGGAGGAUGACCCCGAAGCCUGUGACGAAAUCCGAUUCAAGUACCUGAAGGACCUACCCAUCGAUCGCGAUUCGAUCUCGGACAUUAACCGGCUGCUGGGAGACAGGUGGUUCGGAGUGCCGGCCCAACAGGCCCUGAAGCUCCACUCUCGAUGGACCGAGACUUACGCCUACUCCUUCGAAUACGAAGGGGAGAAGAACAUUAUUGACUUUUGGCUCGCCGAGUUCCUUCAAAACGGAGGGCUAAAACCACAUGGGGCAUGCCACACGGAUGAGACCCUCUACAUGUUUAAAAACCCCGUUCUGCCUCCGAUCGUAGAUGGCUCGGAUUUUCUAGUCAGAACCCGAGUCAUGGACCUCUGGCUAAACUUCACCCAUCACGGGAAACCCCAGUUGAAGCCUCCGGCCAAGAAUGAGCACAGGUGGCUCCCGUGGACGGAAGCGGACGACAGACAUUACGUCAUCGAACUGUAUCCCAGGCUGGGAAGGAACCUGGUGCCGAUGGAAAUCCUCCAGUCUUGGGAGGGGCUCGAGAGCAAGCGCCCUCGCGUUCUCGACAUGGCAGGAUAAUAAAACAAAACAGUCACCAGGACGCACAUGAAUUGAAAGGUGCUUAGUAAUGGCUCUCUUUGGGGAAUGUACAGAAUGAAGAAUCGGCAAUAAACCAGGAACUCAUAUCCUCAGGA